GCAUUAAAGAGGCUACAUGCUUUCAUAACGACCAGCAAAGCUAUAGCUCCUCAUAAGCAAAGAAACAAGGUGCCACAGUCAAUAAAGUAUUGUUUUAAUGUUUGAGAAACGCUAACAGUCCUUCAGAUAAGGAAAGGCAGGCAGUAUGUGUUCACUUUGGCUGAUGCAAUCACUGGAGGGGGAGUGUUAGCUGUGUGGCACAUGUUGUAAUCCCCCUUCGCUUAGCUCACUUGUCUCUUCUGUACAGUCCGAACUCUUUAGGAUAUUUAUAUAGACACAGAAAAUAACCGCUUACCAGCCACCUCACAGAAGAGAUAAGAACAGUACUCAUGCUCAUCAUAUGGUAUGCUUGGAUUAAGCGGUCUGAAUCAUUUACAGAUGGUCUUUUUAUCCUGUUCCAGUAAAUUCUAAAGCAGGUAAAAAUAUUGAGUGGAAGAUCACACCUGUAUUGGAUAUGACUGGAUUCUACGUUCAUGUUUCUGGAUGCAUACUAAAAUAAUGUUAAAACUGUCUGCAAAUUUGUCAUCAGUAAAUAUCACACGCUCUGUGAUUCUAUAUAUUGGCUAAAACACCAGAAGUUUUGUCAAGUAUUGUGUUCUUCCUGAUGGAGAAGGCAAAGGGGGUGAUGGACGACAGUGGAACUGUGGAGUCCAGUGCAGGUUUGCUUCCAGAACAGUAUUCCAAGCGCCCUGCCUGGGGGAACAAACUACAGUAUAUUCUUGCUCAGGUUGGCUUCUCGGUAGGACUAGGCAAUGUCUGGAGGUUUCCUUAUCUCUGCCAUCAAAACGGAGGAGGUGCCUUUCUACUUUUGUAUUUCAUCCUGCUUGUCAUCAUUGGAAUUCCUUUAUUUUUACUUGAACUUGCUGCAGGACAGAGUAUUCGCCAAGGCAGUAUUGGUGUAUGGAAGCAUAUCAACCCCCGUCUGGCUGGCAUUGGGUUUGCCAGCUGUGUGGUCUGCUCAUUUGUAUCUCUGUACUACAAUGUCAUCAUUGGCUGGAGUCUGUUUUAUCUUGGCAAUUCAUUUCAGUAUCCUUUGCCAUGGGAAUCCUGCCCCUUUCUACCUAAUCAAACAACAGAAGUUGUUCCAGAGUGCGCUAUGAGUUCCUCCACAACAUACUUCUGGUACAGAACAGCACUCAACAUCACUGAUGCUAUCGAGGAUAAUGGCGGCAUGAAUACCAACAUGAUCAUCUGUCUCUUUGUUGCCUGGCUUAUCGUCUGCCUCGCCAUGAUUAAAGGAAUCAAGUCUUCUGGAAAGGUGAUGUAUUUCAGUUCAGUGUUCCCCUACGUUGUGCUGUUAUGCUUUCUGGUGCGUGGGCUUACACUUGAAGGCUCUAUGGAUGGUGUUCGAUACAUGUUUAUUCCAAAGCUUGAAAUUUGGGGAGAUAUCCAGGUCUGGAGGCAGGCAGCGACUCAGGUUUUCUUUGCACUUGGCUUGGGCUUUGGCAGCGUCAUUGCAUACUCCAGCUACAACAAUCGAAACAACAACUGCCAUUUUGAUGCCUACCUUGUUUCCUCUAUCAACUUCUUCACAUCAGUGCUUGCCACUUUGGUGGUAUUCCUAGUACUGGGUUUCAGGGCCAAUGUCAUCGCAAAGCACUGCAUUGAAACGAAUUGGAAUGAGAUACAGUUCCUUGUCAGUAAUGGAAGUAUAUCCAUUGAUCUGCAGGGUGUGAACGUCUCUGAGCUUUCUGUUACAGAAUACAAUGUAUGGUAUCAGCUAAUCAAUGAAACCGUUAAGGAGCAUGGCAUAACAGACUGUAACCUGGAGAAUGAAAUGAAAAAGGGUGUGGAGGGUACUGGUUUAGCAUUCAUCACUUUCACAGAGGCCAUGUCUCACUUCCCUGCUUCUCCGUUCUGGUCUGUGCUUUUCUUCCUGAUGCUUCUGAACCUUGGCCUUAGCACCAUGUUUGGUAACAUGCAGGGCAUCAUCACACCUCUGUUCGAUAACUUCAAAUUCCUCCAGCGCAGGAAGACCCUUUUCACAGUGGUCUGUUGCAUUCUUGGAUUUGUCUUUGGCUUAAUUUUUGCCCAGCGCACAGGAAAUUACUUUGUCACAAUGUUUGAUGAUUAUUCUGCGACACUGCCACUUCUUAUUGUUGUUGUUUUUGAGGCCAUUGCAGUUGCAUGGAUCUAUGGGACUGACAGAUUUAUGGAUGACAUUGAAGACAUGUUGGGUUAUCGCCCAUGCUUUUUGUACAAAUAUUUGUGGAAAUAUAUCUGUAUCCUUGCUAUGAUUGGCCUUCUGCUAGCAAGCCUCAUCCGUGUGUGUAUUGAUGGGUUCAAGUACAAGGCCUGGAAUGUGGAAAAGGCAGAGGAGGUAACACGGGCAUAUCCACCCCUGGCUGUUGCCCUUCUACUUGGCCUUAUAGCGCUUGCUUUCCUUCCCAUUCCAGUCAUGUUCUUCCAAAGGCUCAUUCAGGAGAGGAUGGAGACGAGGGACGCUGGCAUAUAUGCGCAGUGCAGUACCAGAGAUGAGUCAGCCGUUCAGAUGGAGGACAUUACAAUAGAUGGCACUGGUCUCAAAGCAGAUGGAUACAGCUUAGUAGGAGCUGAUGCAUGUGAUGAGGAGGAGGAGAACCAGAACCUGUUGUUGCAAGAGGAUGAGUGCUGUGAAGAAAAAGGCAACAGCAGUAUAAAUGCAACUAACAUUAAUGAUACAACAGCAACAUAGCUGCAAUUAGCCAUGCUGAUAGAAGAGCAGCUUAGCUGUAGUUAACCAGGGUAAUACAAAUGCGGCUAACCAGGAGGUUGGAGAAAGUCAGCAACUCAGAUUUCUAAAUCAGGAUCGGACAGAAUCAUGCAGUAACUUUUUUUUUUUCCGGACCUUCCAUGGAAGUACAGGACGUGUUAUAAAAAGUCACACCUAAGACAUGUAAAAGUACAUUUUAUGCAAGAUAAAAGGAAUUUGUCAGAAUGUUUACAUUUGUGAGACAAAAAGUAUUGCAACUGCAUAGUGCCAGAAUGGCACUGAUGGUGAAGCUCCAGGUGAAAUGUGUAUAGUCUGGGUUAAUUACCUGUGCUAUUUAUUUAUGUACCUUUGGAGAGAAUCAGACAAGUUCCAUUCUGCAUAUUGGUGACAGCUGUCUGUUGUAAGAACAGAUUACAGACCUUAACAAAUUGGUAGCUACCUCUCUACUGGGUUAGUUCUUAUUCAGUGGAUUUUAUAAUAAGCUGUAAUAUAUCUUUAGACUGACUAUAUUACUGAGUGGCGGUGCCACACUGUGCCAAGGCAUUUUUGCUUCCAUUAGAAUAUAUGUCAUUGUUUUAUUGGCUAACAUCAUCAGAAUUUAUGCCACUGUGUCACUGGUUAACAUGCUUCCAUAUAUGUACACUUUUAAAAUGAUACACACAAAGACUGUCAGUUUUAUCCUUCACAUGUGGGAAUACUUUCAGGAAUCGGACUUCAUCUGUCUUCUUGGUGGGUAUGCAUUAGAUUUCAUGGCUGCCAUGUUAUCACAUAACUUGCAACGUCAGAAGAAGAACAAAACAUUGUAAAGUGUUAAAAAAGCAGUGCCAUUUGCUACCUUUGCAGUACUUUGUUUUGAAAGCUUGUCUGUCUCAUCUAUAACAUGGAAUGGUUGCUUACUAGAAUUUAAUAGAAAUGCACCAUUACAGUAGUCUUUGAUAUUAAUUUAAAUUUUGGUAGUGACCUUUGACUCUUGGAGUGAGGUAACUAUAAAUAUCUGUGUUUCAUUAGGGCACAGCCAUACAUACUAUUUAACUGCUAUAAUUCAUAGUAUUUAGAUUUUUGGUCUAUAUAUAAGUUGACGUUGCCUGGAUCUGCCAGUGUUUUAAAAUUUUAAGUAUUAUAUCAUUGAAUUAGCCACGUGGUGGAAUAAUUGUUACGCAUAGUACGACAGUACCUACCACUCUGACCUUGUACUAUUAUUUUUAAAGACCACCAGUGUCCUGUUUCUUGUUGAAAACGUGGUAACUACUAUUGUCCAUCAUAGAUUACUGGAAGUAUCAAAGCACACCCUUUUCCAGGUGUCUGUAGGCAAAACUGAUACAGUCUGUCAGAUAAUCGUCCCUCUCCAACCUUUUAUCUCUUUUUGUAACUUACUUUUUACAGUAUUUUAAUGUCUGCCAAUGAGUUUGGACCAGGAAAUUGUGUUCCUUUGAAGAUAACUUAAUAGCCAUCUCCUUGAUAAUUGGAACUCAGUAUAGGUUUAAAAAGAAAAUGUUUUAUAUUUAGAACCCUGCUACUGCUUUCUGGAAUGUUGACACAUUUCAGGUGAUUUGCUUUACUAGUAACCACAUCAUAUUGGCACUCGUCUUAUCUUUAGUUGCAGUCCCUGAAAUUCUAGACUGUGUACUGUAUAAGAUCUGGUAAGAUGAAGUUCAUCUUUGGUAAUCAGUAGGAACUUACCACCACAGCCAUUAGAACUACUUGGUAGACAAAUAUUUCCCAAGUGGGCAGACACUCAUCUUUCCCAUCAUGAACCACACAGUCUUUCCUGUCUCUCUGUGUCUGUCUCUCCAUUUCUUCCCACAUGAAAGCGUUGUAUCAGAAGAAAUUAUCCCAGCUUGCCCUGUUGUUAUAACUUGAAGGAAAGUGUAUGGUGCAGGUUGUGACUUAUUAUUUUUGUUUGAGUAGCAGAAAGUUUUCCUUUCCUUUUUCAGAAACUUUGUUUGGGAGGGGUUGUCCUUCACUUUAUACUAUUCAGUUAGUUUCAGAAUGUGCCUGCACUUGGGCCGUUCACCACCCCAGUGGCUGCAGUCAGCACUUUUGUAGCACUUAGAAUCUUCUCCCAACAACAGUCAUUGUACCAUAUGAUUUGGAUUUAAUAAAAUAGCCAAAGUCAUCAUGAAGCCUUGGAGAAGUUCCUUUUCUCUCAAUAGAUUACAAUUACAGUUAUAAUAGAUGGCACUGGUCUCAAAGCAGAUGGAUACAGCUUAGUAGGAGCUGAUGCAUGUGAUGAAGAGGAGGAGAACCAGAACCUGUUGUUGCAAGAGGAUGACUGCUGUGAAGAAAAAGGCAACAGCAGUAUAAAUGCAACUAACAUUAAUGAUACAACAGCAACAUAGCUGCAAUUAGCCAUGCUGCUAGAAGAGCAGCUUAGCUGUAGUUAACCAGGGUAAUACAAAUGCGGCUAACCAGGAGGUAGGAGAAAGUCAGCAACUCAGAUUUCUAAUCAGGAUCGGACAGAAUCAUGCAGUAACUUUUUUUUUCCGGACCUUCCAUGGAAGUACAGGACGUGUUAUAAAAAGUCACACCUAAGACAUGUAAAAGUACAUUUUAUGCAAGAUAAAAGGAAUUUGUCAGAAUGUUUACAUUUGUGAGACAAAAAGUAUUGCAACUGCAUAGUGCCAGAAUGGCAUUGAUGGUGAAGCUCCAGGUGAAAUGUGUAUAGUCUGGGUUAAUUACCUGUGCUAUUUAUUUAUGUACCUUUGGAGAGAAUCAGACAAGUUCCAUUCUGCAUAUUGGUGACAGCUGUCUGUUGUAAGAACAGAUUACAGACCUUAACAAAUUGGUAGCUACCUCUCUACUGGGUUAGUUCUUAUUCAGUGGAUUUUAUAAUAAGCUGUAAUAUAUCUUUAGACUGACUAUAUUACUGAGUGGCGGUGCCACACUGUGCCAAGGCAUUUUUGCUUCCAUUAGAAUAUAUGUCAUUGUUUUACUGGCUAACAUCAUCAGAAUUUAUGCCACUGUGUCACUAGUUAACAUGCUUCCAUAUAUGUACAGUUUUAAAAUGAUACACACAAAGACUGUCAGUUUUAUCCUUCACAUGUGGGAAUACUUUCAGGAAUCGGACUUCAUCUGUCUUCUUGGUGGGUAUGCAUUAGAUUUCAUGGCUGCCAUGUUAUCACAUAACUUGCAACGUCAGAAGAAGAACAAAACAUUGUAAAGUGUUAAAAAAGCAGUGCCAUUUGCUACCUUUGCAGUACUUUGUUUUGAAAGCUUGUCUGCCUCAUCUAUAACAUGGAAUGGUUGCUUACUAGAAUUUAAUAGAAAUGCACCAUUACAGUAGUUUUUGAUAUUAAUUUAAAUUUUGGUAGUGACCUUUGACUCUUGGAGUGAGGUAACUAUAAAUAUCUGUGUUUCAUUAGGGCACAGCCAUACAUACUAUUUAACUGCUAUAAUUCAUAGUAUUUAGAUUUUUGGUCUAUAUAUAUGUUGACGUUGCCUGGAUCUGCCAGUGUUUUAAAAUUUUAAGUAUUAUAUCAUUGAAUUAGCCACGUGGUGGAAUAAUUGUUACGCAUAAUACGACAGUACCUACCACUCUGACCUUGUACUAUUAUUUUUAAAGACCACCAGUGUCCUGUUUCUUGUUGAAAACGUGGUAACUACUAUUGUUCAUCAUAGAUUACUGGAAGUAUCAAAGCACACCCUUUUCCAGGUCUCUGUAGGCAAAACUGAUACAGUCUGUCAGAUAAUCGCCCCUCUCCAACCUUUUAUUUCUUUUAUAACUUACUUUUUACAGUAUUUUAAUGUCUGCCAAUGAGUUUGGACCAGGAAAUUGUGUUCCUUUGAAGAUAACUUAAUAGCCAUCUCCUUGAUAAUUGGAACUCAGUAUAGAUUUAAAAAGAAAAUGUUUUAUAUUUUUAACUCUGCUACUGCUUUCUGGAAUGUUGACACAUUUCAGGUGAUUUGUUUUACUAGUAACCACAUCAUAUUGGCACUCGUCUUCUAUUUAGUUGCAGUCCCUGAAAUUCUAGACUGUGUACUGUAUAAGAUCUGGUAAGAUGAAGUUCAUCUUUGGUAAUCAGUAGGAACUUACCACCACAGGCAUUAGAACUACUUGGUAGGCAAAUAUUUCCCAAGUGGGCAGACACUCAUCUUUCCCAUCAUGAACCACACAGUCUUUCCUGUCUCUCUGUGUCUGUCUCUCCAUUUCUUCCCACAUGAAAGCAUUGUAUCAGAAGAAAUUAUCCCAGCUUGCCCUGUUAUAACUUGAAGGGAAGUGUAUGGUGCAGGUUGUGACUUAUUAUUUUUGUUUGAGUAGCAGAAAGUUUUCCUUUCCUUUUUCAGAAACUUUGUUUGGGGGGGGGGGGUUGUCCUUCACUUUAUACUAUUCAGUUAUUUUCAAAAUGUGGCUGCACUUGGGCCAUUCACCACUCCAGUGGCUGCAGUCAGCACUUUUGUAGCACUUAGGAUCUUCUCCCAACACCAGUCAUUGUACCAUAUGAUUUGGAUUUAAUAAAAUAGCCAAAGUCAUCAUGAAGCCUUGGAGAAGUUCCUUUUCUCUCAAUAGCUUUCUGAUCUUCAGAAGAAGGCAUUUUGCACCUCAGAACCCAUCUCUUGCCCUCUGAAAAGUCUGUAGAAAGUCUACCAUAUUAUUCUAUAAUCCGGCUUAGUCAUCCCUUCUUUGGUGGACGACCACCAAGAUGCCACCAAAACAGCUUUCGAAGAUGCUGAAGUUGUCCCCUGUGACCAAUAAGCAAACGAUAUUUUCCUCCCUCUGAGGGAGUGUUAGGUUUGGACAAAGACUCCCUAAGCCAGUCUUGACUAUGUCAGUAUCAGCCUUUCUAGAUUUUCCUCCACUCAAAGCUUCAGUUGUUUAUUCUCUAGAUGCAGAAUCCAGAGCUGUGCUUCUGCCACCUUGUCUCUAUCAGCACCCGGUUACUUAAUCCAUUUGCUGUAUUUCCAGAGGUAUGUGCCCAGUGAUCUGCAA